AUGACCACCUUGAAGCCACAGCUUGUCAGAGCUGAUACCCUUGAUUUGCAAGAUCACACCUCGCCAUCUGCGAAAGACCACUCGAGACAACCCGCCCACCCUUCACCAUUUGGUUAUGGCCCUGCCGCUCCACAUCAAGCCCAGACGUUGAGGCAUGCCGAGCAAGAAUCAUAUCAGGAACAACACACUAGUCCCAGGGCCUCAGAAGACAGAGCCAAUGGAGGGUUUCAGCAGUCGGACCAACAUUUCUACGAUGACCUAGAUGACGACCGAGACGAAGAUCUCCCAAACCCCCAAAAUGCAACGAAUGGAGUUGGAUACCAUGGGCAGGACCUGGAUGACGCGGAUGGUGGGGACUCCCAUGAUGAGGAUAUGGACGACGACUUGCUGGACAAAAUCUCGAGUUCCCCUUCGAUUGAAGAUGGUAAAUACUCCCUUCCCCCAUGGCCGCCCCGGGUCGAUUCUGUGGAUUCCGAAGCUUCCCCGGCUUCUCCAUCGACGCCGACUCAAGGCAAUCCCUUAUCUUCAUCACCAUUCUCUUCUACACCCGACCAUUUCCCUCUACAUCCAUCGCAAUUGUUUCACGCGGCAAGUCAUCAUGGUGAGUACAUCGAGGACCUGGGUCAAGCGAGAUCAGGUCGAGACUUUGUGGGUGAGCGGUCAAACCCCCGUGAGAUCUCAUCACCCACGCUAGGACUGGGCUUGGCAGCAUCGCAGACCCGUCUUCCACUGUCCGAAUCCCAGGAAUUUCGGCGAUACUUGUUACCUCUUGACGAUCCACUCUUAGCCGGCACGGUGGAGGACUACGGCGACGAAUUUUCCUUUGACGAGGAUGAUGAGUGGGAAGACGAAGAACCUUGCCUGCCCCGGCUUGAGGAAAGUUCUGAUGAUGACACCGAUGAAUUUCAAUUUUCUCUCGACGACCGCUUCAUAGACUCCGGUUGGGGAGGAGAAUGCUUACGAGAAAUAGAGGAUAUUGAUUUCGAGUUUGUGUAUGCACUGCACACUUUUGUCGCGACGGUUGAAGGACAAGCCAACGCUACAAAGGGCGACACUAUGGUGUUGCUCGAUGAUAGCAACAGUUAUUGGUGGCUUGUUCGGGUUGUGAAAGAUAGCAGCAUCGGCUAUCUUCCCGCCGAACAUAUUGAAACCCCGACCGAACGACUGGCCCGACUCAACAAGCACAGAAAUGUGGAUUUAUCCGCUCGAAUGCUGGGGGAUAACCCCGAAAAAUCGAAGAAUCCGCUGAAAAAGGCUAUGCGGCGAAGAAACGCGAAAACAGUCCAGUUUGCACCCCCCACUUAUUACGAGCCUUCAGAUUAUGAGUACUCUGAUGAGGAGGAGGAAGGCGAAGAGGGUCAGCAUGACCAGAUUGGAAUGGACAAUUCUGAUGACGGGGAUAAUGCUGAAGACCAGCAAGAGGCUUCUGCAACUUCGGCUGAGCCUCAGGAACCACAAGAAUCCGUCGCAGCCAAUGGUAUUCAGCGGGUUACCAGUAACGACAGCUUGAAGAAUGAAUCAGCCUCAAGCCCUGUCAAGGGUCAACAGUCACAGUCUAGCUCAGAACAGAGGCAGACUGACGAACCCGUUCAGCGGUCUAGGAAAGGGGUCGUGAGAAAUACCGAUUCGUUCUUUAAGGACGACACGGUCGAGACGAAGAAGAUCUCUCUAACACCCCGGCUAUUGCGAGGUGAUUCCGACUCUGGUGGAUCCAUAGAACAGGAAGUCCGCCAACGUCUAAGCUUGGAGACUCUCGAUAAAAUAGUCGGGGCGGACGACAAAUCUAAGGAUAAAAAGAAGGAGAAAAAGGGCAUGCUUAGUGGGUUCUUCAAGCGAAAGAAGGGCAGCUCACAGGAAGAAAGCGAAAAGACUAUCGAGGAUCCUCGUCAAUCUCCGGGAUCGAAAGACUCGGUCGAGUCCUUGACCAUGAAACCUGAAACCGGCCCGGAACGCAGGCCGAGCAAGUUGCAAAAGGCACCACCAGGCACGUCACCGAAGGCGUCGCCGACCGAGGCAAGACCUCCGCAACAGUCGCUGGGACAAGCACCUCCAGCCCCGAGUGGCCCUGCGCCUGAACCGUCAACAGUCCGCAGAGUCGAAUCCGACAGCCAACAGCCCGAGGCGUCGGCGCAAUCUCAGCCCGCACAAGUCAAUCGCUUCCCGUCCCUUACCGAAAAGAGGACGAUUUUAUCGCCAGCCACGACUGCAAUGAAGUCUACUCCUUCGACGAGUCCAGAUGGCGGUUCCCCGUCCAAGCCGAUUUAUGCAAAGCGAGCAAAAGAGCGCUUUGCGAUAGACGAAAGCGAUUCGGAGACAGACGACAAGACUGCAAAAGCGGAUGAACAGGGUCGCCGGAGCGUUUCCCCCGCCACCGAGUUACAAAGGUCGCAGCCUCGAUCAGACUCUGCUAUGCAAGCUUUGUCCACUGCAGCCGUAGCAUCUGGAAGGUUCGGGGACGGUAAAUUUCAACCUCAACCGCCGGCAGUUUCGAGUUCGUCUCCCCUACCACAGGAGGCAAACCCAUUAGAGUCGGAUGGGACUGCUAGCACGUCGAAGCCAUCACCUUCGACUACGACACAUACACCAUCAACUUCUAGGUCGACACCCACGUGGUCAGAUGCAUCGUUGAGAUCAUACAUGGAAAACAGUCAAGACAUCAAAGACCUUCUGAUAAUUGUGCAUGAUAAAUCGAACGUCACGCCAGCGGGCCCGGACCACCCCUUUAUGCACAACCUCUUCUUAGAUGAGCGGACGAAACUGGCUGAGAUGCAGUCACAGCUCGACACCAUGCUGAUGUCCUGGAUAUCGAAGAAGAACGCCAACAUAAUGCCUACAACGACUUGA